CUCUUCCCGCCUCUCUCGUAAAACCUUCGAGAACUCUCUCUCGCUCUUCCUCCCUCUCGCGCUCCCGGAGCUCCGCUGCCUGACCGGAAAUGCCGCCGAAAGCCUCGAAAUCGAAGGAAACGCCGGCGGAGAGCCCGAUCCUCGGCCGGUUCUCGUCUCAUCUCAAGAUUGGAAUCGUUGGAUUACCAAAUGUUGGCAAAUCAACGCUCUUUAAUGUCCUCACAAAAUUAGCUAUACCGGCACAGAGUUUCCCCUUUUGCACCAUUGAGCCAAAUGAGGCCCGACUGAAUAUCCCAGAUGAGCGGUUUGAAUGGCUUUGCAAUUUGUUCAAACCAAAAAGUGAGGUCCCAGCUUUCCUAGAAAUCCAUGAUAUAGCUGGGCUAGUCAGAGGUGCUCAUCAAGGUCUAGGCUUGGGCAAUAGUUUUCUUUCCCACAUCCGUGCAGUCGAUGUGAUUUUUCAUGUUCUUCGUGCCUUUGAAGAUCCUGAUAUUAUACAUGUUGAUGACUCGGUUGAUCCUGUGAGGGACCUAGAGGUUACUAGUGCCGAAUUACGAUUAAAGGUGAGUUCAUUUAAGUAUGGCCCAUACCGUCUACUGUACUUUCCCGUAAAUUAUGCUGUUCUUGAGGAUUGGAUUUUUGCUAUGGGCAUGAUGUCGUUUGGCCUUCCUGGUUCCUGCAACCAUAAUGAUGCUUGUAUAGUAAGUUGGGAGGAGAGGAUCUUGCUUCAAAAUAAUUUCAUUGGAGUGGUGACCCCUAUAGAAAAGUCAUUUACGAGGCAUGAUAUUCAAUAUCUAACAUAGCAUGAUUGAAGAAAA